AAUCUGUAGAUGUUGAGGGAAAAUUCCGUGAAAGAGACAGAGUACAAGUGUACCGAGACAAAUUUGAUGUAAGAAGAAUCAGCAGCAGUGAACUGGAGAGAAGAGUACGCAGACCGUCUUCUCUGGUUAUCUGAUAAGGCCGUUUAUCGAACAAUGCCAUCGCAUUGGAUCCGUCCGUGUUCAAAUCCCCUUACAAUCACUCGUUCAAUAUUGCUAACCAUUACCGUCACUCUCAAACCAUUACCCAUUGUCAUUGCUAUCCAUCACUCUAUCUCAAAUUUCUCUCUCUUUCUCACCGAUCAUUCACUUUCAUCAUUUCCACUACUCCUAUCACCUCUCUCUCUCUCUCUCUGUUUUUGCUCUAUAACACUACAAAGAAAGCUAUAAUCCUCUGGUGCUGGAGAAGGAGCGAACGGAAAUAGCAUGAAGCAAACAGGACUCUUUAGUCUUGCUGGGGAUGACAACUUCUUUAGUUUUACACUCUGUAAAACGAUUGAUAAGGAGAGCAUCCGGCUAUAGAAACUUUGCCAAAAAUGACAUAGUCAACGACUCGUCUUGGAGGUCAGUAACUCAAAAUAAGAACUGACCUGGAACGUGACGACCUACCCAAAUCAUGACAUCAUGGAAAACUGAACGUAAAUUGCUGCUGUUGACGAUGAUGAUGAUGAUGAUGAUGAUGAUGAUGGUGACAGACUGCCAAAAUACUUCUUACUUCUUGCAAAAAAUACCGUACUUUAAUUCCAGGAAAUCCCUUUUCUUUACAAACACACUUUGUUUACGUUUAGCUUGAUGAAGUAGAUCUAUAAUUAAAAGCUUGGCACUAUCAUGGUAUUAGCUGUCAGAAUUGAAAGUAGAACUGACAAGGAACGUUACUGCUGGUUUGAGUUGAUUCUUUGGCUACUGACUAGCCGGAGCUAUCUAUCUGUCUGUCUAUCUCACUAUCUCUCUCUCUAUAUCUAUCUAUCUAUCUAUCUAUCUAUCACUCGUUCACCUCUGUGUCCGUAGAAUUUAUCAAAUUAGAAAACGCAAAUUUAAUAUAAAAAUAUAUUUUCUGAAAUUGCAAAUUAUUUAAAAUAUAAAAAUAUAAUUUUCAACAGAGAGAAUUUAUCAAAAUAGAAAACAAAUGAAGUUUGAAGUUUAAAAAUAAUAGGAUCGACCACUCACGACUAGCUAGCGCGGACGCGCGACUGCGCGUUCGGGACCACUCUGCUUUAGUAGUACCCUUAUACUCUGUGUGUUUUCAAACGCAUGGAUAUAGGUGUCAAAUUUGUUCCAAUAACUUUCGAGUGAUAGAUAGAUAGAUAGAUAGAGAGAGAGAGAGACAGAGAGAGACAGACAGACAGAUAGCUCGCUCCGGCCAGUCAUGGUAUUAGCUGUCAGUAGCCAAAGAAUCAACUCAAACCAGCAGUAACGUUCCUUGUCAGAUUUUUCUACUUUCACUUCUGACAGCUAAUACCAUGACAGUGCCAAAAGCUUUCUAGUCCUGACCCUAUAUCCAUCUUUUUUAAAACAUAGUAUAACUAGGACUACAUUAUCUAACGUUUCCUUCUUAUUAAUACAGCAAUGUGUUGAUCUGAUGGAGAGCUAACAACUAUAUCUGCGAAGCACGCAACAAGAUAGUCUUUUCUCGUUACUUCGUGUCACCGCCUCGUUUUCAUUGCAGGUCAACUUGUGUUGAUUUCACACUAACAUGUCCUAAUGCAUCUUGAUGCAUUUUAAUUUGUUCUGCUUGAUAUAUCGAACAUAGUUCGAGCUGUGUUUAUCACAAUGUGCCUGAAAGUCUGUCUGUUGUGUUCCACUGGUUGGUUUUCAUUGCUUCCACUAUCCUGUUUACCACUUUUGCUAUUUUAUGGUCUCGCAUGUGGUGUGGAUACCAUUCUUCGAAUGUCACUCCUUUUGUCAUUGGUCUGUGUCCUGGGGCAUUAUAUUUCAAUUAAUUGGAUUUUUCUUCAACCAUUUGGAGAGGUUGGAUUAUUUAUUCUGCUGUGGGCUCUCCCUGUGAAACUCGUCCCUUAUUCAGUGGUAUAUGUCUAUGGCUUUGUGCUGCAGGUAUUUGAACCUAUCAUGUUAUUCCAAGAAGUUCUCUUUGUUCUUCUCCUAGCAACACAACUUUCCAAUUACAUAAAUGAUUUGGCUGAAGAAGAUGAUGAUGAUAACCUGUACAUAUAUCAAAUUAUAUUUGCUAUAUUUUCUAUUCUAAACUAUGGUUUAUCCUGUUAUAUUGUGUUAAUAUCUUUUAACAGCAACACCUGGCUUCUUUAUGUGAUAUUAUUUCUAACAGUCUUCAACCAUGUUCUCAUGUGGUCAUUAGGAACUGGACAGAUGUGGGAAACUGCUUUUACUUUCAUGUUGACCAUGUUUAUACUUUUACUCAUGAACAUAGAGAACAACUUAACUGAAAAUAUAGAAUUACCUGUUCUAUCCUGUUUUGAUUCUAAACACACUUUGAUAGAAUUUGUGAGCAGUGUUUGGCUACUAAACUCUGAGAAACUAUCCAACUUUCUAAAGUUGAUUGGUAGUUUUUUAAGUCCUAUUUUUGUUGGCACUAUUUUCCUCCGGCUCUUUUCUGUCAAUUGCUUCAAUUAUCAGAAAACUGUUUCAAUGUUUUUUGAAAACGAAGACAAAGAUGAUGAUGUUUUAUUAGAAGAAAGUAGUCCGUCCAUUUUAAGUUGCUCAGGUUUACAACCAACUCUUGUUUGUAAAUUGGGCACAGUUUUUGUUGUUACACAACUUAUGAUUAGACAAUUUUAUCUUUUUAUUGGAAAUGGCUUAAUUACUCAGCAAGAAUGGAUAAAAAAUUGGUUGCCUGAUAAUAUAUUAAUUGGAAGAGUAACUCAGAUGUUUUUGGUGAAUAUUUUCUUUCAGCAUUCAAUUUACAGACGAUGGUCAGAUAAUUCUUAAAUAAUCAUUAUUUUGGAGACUAUUCUAGUUUUCACAUAACAACAAACAUUGUUUACAUAAUUGAUAUAUUUCUUUAUGAAAUCCAAAAUCAAGUAAUGGAAUCAUUGUUUCUGAUUUCUGCUGAAAAUAUUUUAGAAAUAUUAAGGAUCCCAACUCCAAAAGAGAAAUAAUCCAUGUUGACAAUAUUCACACUUCGCCUUAAUUCUUUUCUAUUUUUCAUAUCCAUCUUUAUGAAUUUCAACAGUUCCUUUUAAAACAAAGACUUAUUCAUGUUCUUUGACACAAAUACUGGCACAUUUAAGAUAAUUAAAUUUCUUAUAAGGACAUAUUUACUCAGAAAACUAUUGAAAACUAUUGCUCCUACAUCAGGAAUGGUGUUGCUGUUCAUUGGAAAAUACUCCUAAAUAUAGAAUGAUACUGAUAUUCUGCUACUCAUAUUUUAUGCUGUUUCCACAUUUAGGAUGGUACUACUUGUAAGUGGAAUACUUUCCUACUUCUGGGACAGUAUUGCUGUUCAAUGGAAUAUUCCCCUAAAUCUAAGACAAUACUUCUGUUCAAUGAAAUACUGCUCUCAUAUCAGGGACUGUGUCAUUACUCAAUGGAAUAUUUUCCUAAAUCUGGCAUGGUGCUGCUACUCAAGAAAGAACACUACUCCUUACUUCUGUGAUGAUGCUGUUAUUCACAUCAUUACCUCUCAUCUUGUACGACUUAAAAUUCGAAAGAGUUGUUGGUCUCUGCACUUUUGCUAAUCCCAAGAUUUCUAAAAAUUCUUAAACUGAUGCUUCUAACCUGAUAGGAUACCAAUGAAACAGCUGAGAAACUGAAAAUCCAUACAAGAUCACCAGUUAUAAACAGCAUGAGGAAGAAUGUAGGGCUGAGAUAAAGAAACCCAAAGGAUAUAUCAGCCACUAAUCCCAUGUAUGCUGAUUGUAGUACAAUUUCUGCUGACAUAAGAAAAACUAAGAGAGCUUCACAGUUUGGUCUUUGUAUCAGUGAUGAUAAUAACUAAAGUACUUUAGAUCAGUAUCACAUUCAAUGUAAUAAAAUUGGAACAAAUUGCAGCAUUUAAACAUCUUGGAUUGUAUACAGAAGAAAACAAUUGCUGCAUCAUUAGAUAUCAGAAACGGAAGUAACUUAACAUCUUGGGUCUCUGAGCUACUUCAUCAGUGCUGGGAAAAGACACAAAAUAUCUCAUUACACCAAAAUCUAAAUUUAUCAACUGUCUCUAUUCUCUAAGUUAUUGUAUGAUAUUGAUUCAUUAGAAUCACUCCAAAAUGAUUUAAAUAUAUUAAAAGCCUUUUAAAUGAUUUGCUUUUGCUGAAUACUUGGAGAAUCACAAAGGAACCAGUUUUUGAGUGAUCACAUUUAAUGAACUUGAUUUUGCCAGCUGGCUAUUUCUGAAUUUGGUGUAGCCAUGGAAUAACCUCAGAUGAAUCAUUUAAGGUUGUUAUGCAACCUGCUUACAUGUCUUCAACCUCAAAAGAACACUGUAAAGACCUUGAUGAAAAUUAUCUGUAGAGAGUCCGGAGAAACUGAAGAUUACUAUUAAUGAUGUUGGUAAACAUGGUAAAAAAUUAUCUAUGGAAAAUUGGUACCAUACUAACCCUGUAUAUUUUAAACAUGCCAUAUACAGCCCAAAUCUUUAAUCUGUUUUAUGUUCAAACCAGCCACAUCUGGUCUCUUACACCUACUCUACAAUGUCAUUUUAAAAACAAACAAUUAUAUCUUUGAAGUUUCAAAGCUAUGGAGAUAAUGCAUGAUUAAUUCAAAAUAAUAUGAAUAAAUAAGCAUUACAUUUGACAUUAUUCUAAAUGCUAAAGGGUGAAGGGAGAUAGAUUAGAAGGAAACACCCUAAAAACCUCUCUCUGUCUAAAGUUUACAGGAUAAUUAUAAUGAUCAAUCCACCUUGAUAACUUAUUUAACUUAAUAAGUUUCUUCCCAAAGUUCUUCUACUUAUAACAAGAUAUAUUUCUCUAAACAAUGUUUGAAUGAGCAAAGCUAAUCAAUUAUGUAAUUAUAAUAGUAACUGUAAAUAAAUAAUAGCAUACUCGAUGUGGUAAGCCAAGAAAUUUUUUAGCUGAACUUAAACCUUGAAUGAUGACAACAAUCAUUUUCUAAAUGCCUAGUUCUCAAAAAAUACAAGGGGCAGAGAAAACACCUAGAUUUUAAUUAAAUAUUAAUCACCACAAAAGUAUAAUUUUAACUAUUACUUGGCAUACUACAUGAAGUAUCUUAGUUGUUAUUUCAAGGUUUUCAUGCAACAGGCAUUCCUGGGUAAUUUUUCCCAGUCACAUGUAUAUAUUUAUAGCAUUCACAUGUGGUGUUAUUAAAUUAUUCAUAACCUGAGCUCUGGUAACUGAGAGCUAUUUCAAGUAAAUUUGCAUCUGCCUAUCAAAUACAUUCAGAGUUACAAGGUCUGCAUGUACAUAUGCAACAUUAUAACAUUUUCUUUUCUUGAAUUUUUAUUAUACAAUGAUGAAAUAAAAAAUUAUUUUUAUAAGAA